AUGGCGGACUUAACAACCGUUCAGACGACACAGACCAACCCUUCAGUGCGGUUCACUCGCCAACAGCACAUCAAUCUUUACAGCUUGCUAGUUAUCGGCUUCAUCACUUUGAGUUCUGCAGCAUACGGCUAUGCAGGAUCAGUAAUUGCAACGACUUUGACUCAACCAUCGUUCACCAAGCACAUGAAAUUGGAUGAGAUACCCAAUGCAGAAGCGUUAAUAGGAGCAAUGAAUGCUCUGUAUUAUGCUGGGGGUGUCUUUGGUUCCUUUUUCGCCGGAUGGUCGAGCAACAAGUAUGGCAGGAAGUUUUCGGCUGCGCUGGGAAAUUUCUUGGUGUUGCUCUCAGGCGCUCUUCUUACCGCCUCUGUCAACCCUGGAAUGUUCAUUGCGUUUAGAUUCCUAAGUGGUUUCGGAUCUUUCAUAAUCCUAGCAAGUGUUCCUCUCUGGGUAGCUGAACUUGCACCUCCCAGCAUUAGAGGUAUUUUAACCGAUGUUCAUGCUGUGGGAAUGAUGGUGGGAUACACAAUUGCAUGUUAUGUUGGCCUUGGGUUCUAUUUUGUUAGUGGAACAAAUCAAUGGCGUGGACCUAUUGCUCUUCAGAUGGCUUUUCCCACCGUCAUUCUCUGUGGACUUUAUUGGAUGCCCGAGUCACCCCGCUUUCUGCUAUCCAAAGGAAGAACAGACCAGGCAUGGAAAAUCAUUCAUAGGAUGCACUCCAAUGUCAACGAUCCAACCGAUGAAUUCGCUAAGAGGGAAUUUUAUCAGAUGCGAAAACAGAUCGAAUUGGAUGUUACCUUCGAGACUUCGUACUUAGGGAUUUUCAAACAGCCUUCUCUGAGGAAGCGAGCAUUAAUGACAAUAUUUCUGGAGUUCUGUUUGAUGAGCUCUGGAGUUUUAGUUAUUCUCAACUAUGGAUCCAUCAUCUGGAAAAAUCUUGGCUUCAACACUGUUCAAAUUCUGAACUUCCAGGGCGGGUUUCAGCUUACCGGGUUUGUUUUCAACAUCGUGGCAAUGCUUUUCGUGGACAAAAUCAAAAGGCCCACGCUCAUCGCCACUGGUUUCAUUGCUUGUGCGGCGUGCAUGAGUAUCGAAGCCGCCUUACAGAGAUAUUACAUUGGUACCGUGGAUCGCGGUGGCUUGAUUGCAUGUGCAUUUUUUAUUUUCCUCUUCCAGGCCACCUUCUCCAUGUUCCUCGACGGACCAACUUACUUUUAUAUCGCGGAAAUCUGGCCGUCUCACGUCCGGUCUCAAGGCUUUGCUCUAGCGAUGGCCACCCUCAGUGUGACAAAUUUGAUGUGGCUUCAAGCAGCUCCUCACGCUUUCACAGCCAUUGCGUGGAAGUUCUAUCUGUUCUUUAUCUGCAUUCCCGUUCUCGGAGCAGUCGUUGUUUUUUUUACGUUCAAGGAUACCCUCCACAAGCCUCUCGAGGAGAUUGCCGCUAUGUUUGGCGAUGAAGAUACAGUGGUUGUUUAUCAACGAGAACUGCAACUCGCCUCCAUUCCAUUGGACUUGCUUGAUGAGGCGAUUACAGAGAAGGUAGAAAACGGAGGAGAAAUUGAGGAGGUUGAAGAUGUACCCAAAUCUGAACAAUCUAAGACGGAUGCUGCCCCCAAGACCGAAGCUUCUAAGUCCUGGGCCGAACUUUCACACAAUCAACUGUACGCGGGGUAG